CGGAAAAGGUGAGUGCAGGAAUGAUUCCAUGCAACUGCUAAUCAAGAAGUCCGGUUAAUCGAAGGUAGUCAGCUGUCCUGAGGGAAUUUAUGGCAUGGUACUUGAAAUAUAUUCUAUCCAGCCACGAGAGUCAACGUUGUUGAGUUUCUCGUGUCAACGUGCCACUUGAGAGAGUUGGAGAGAGCUUCAGAUGUUGGUUGACGUCCAGGCUUACCCAGGCUCAAGCUGGACCAGCAUUGCCACUAGGUACCUCUACGCUCAUAGGUAUGGACAAUUUACACAAGAAUGAUAAUGAGAAUAUUGGCACCACUUUCACCGGUUAAGGCAUUGUAGAACGAAGUGUCUUCAAGACACAAUUGAUUCAGAUUCAUGUUCGUCAUCCAGGAUCAGCCCAGGAUGUUUUCUUCCUGGGUUGGUGGUUUAAACUAAGGUAUCUGCUAAAAACAGUAGAUCAAAAUCGUGAAUGCACUAGCCACAACAGCCACUUCUUGUCCGCCGCAAGUGGUAUAGCACGUGAUUUCUAGGGUUGACCAGGAAAGUGCGAUUGGCGCACCCUCCCCACUCCACAGAUCAAUCACCAAACACGCACCUCACCAACGCGAAGGUCUUUCGUUCAAACAAUCAGCUAUCUACUAACCGCAGGUUGUUUGAGAGGACGGAAGUCAUACCACAGCCAAGAUGCCUUCAGAAGCCGGUCACCGACUAUACGUCAAGGGACGUCACCUGAGCUACCAGCGCUCUCGUCACACCACCCGCCCUGCUACCAGCCUGAUCAAGAUUGAGGGUGUUGAUGACACCAACGCCGCCAACUUCUAUCUCGGCAAGAAGGUUGCUUUCGUCUACCGGGGCCAGAAGGAGAUCCGCGGCACCAAGAUCCGCGUGAUCUGGGGCAAGGUCACUCGACCACACGGAAACUCCGGCGUCGUCCGCGCCAAGUUCACCUCCCCCCUUCCCACCAAGUCUUUCGGUGCUUCCGUUCGUGUCAUGUUGUACCCUUCGUCGAUAUAAAAAAAGGGCUUCGGGCUGGAGUUGGUAGUGAGGGCGGUUCUCAUUUGGCUGCAUUGGUCGAGGCAAGGAUAAAACAUAUUGCCUUGCUUUGAGGCAUUGAAUUCAAAAAAGACGUCAAAUCCCAACCCCCGAAAAGGCUCUGCACACCUGAGCACCUUCGUCUUGAUGAUAUAACUUCAUUCCCCUUUCAUGAAACGGUUGGCGGAACUCGACCUCGCCCAGGGCAGUCCACUGGGAGGGGCUUCAGCGAUGGAAUACUUUUUGGUGGUUGGGAUUCGGGACCGGUGUUCGGCUACGGUCGUGAAUAGGGUACAAGCGAAUCAUUGAUGAAUGCCAGGUCCAGGGCCUCUAUUACGGCAGUACACAGCGUUCCUGAAAGCUGGAUUGUGAUUUGACUCGUGCGGGGAAGUUUUGAGCCAUGGUCGGCGUCUUAUGAUGAAUCGGAAACUGCUUUUGAAACAACACUUCACAACAACCUCAAAUGGCUCAACUCGUUCCCCGUCUAACGGCUACGCAGACUCGGAUACCUGCGUCGGGUUGCCUCGAUGCGUUCUAUGUAAUGUGAUACGCUGCCAUAUUGUUCGUAAUAUGCCAUAACUCUAUGAACGCAUUCCACUUGCCUGCUGCUUCCACCCACCUAAUGAUCCUGGCCAUAUUGUGUAUCUACUCGAACCAGCAGAGACUCAUGAUCCAGAUGCUUCCGCCAGAUGUGGCUCGGCCAAUGUACUAAAGAUAAACUCAAGGACACAACU